CAGAAGAGCCCAGCAGCACAUCGAUACAUACAUAGAUUCUUCCUCCUCGUCACUCACUCGUCCAAGAAGCCAACCACCAACCCAACUCCUCCACCACCACCUCCUCCAGUUCCAGCCUCCAGCAAGAUGGACGCCGCCGUGGAGCGCCUCAAGACCGGCUUCGAGAAGUUCAAGACCGAUGUCUAUGACAAGCAGCCAGAUAUGUUCGAACCGCUCAAGACCGGCCAGAAACCCAAGUACAUGGUGUUCGCGUGCGCCGACUCGCGGGUGUGCCCGUCGGUGACCCUGGGGCUGGAGCCCGGCGAGGCCUUCACCGUCCGCAACAUCUCCGCCAUGGUUCCGCCCUACUGCAAGAACAAGUACGCCGGUGUUGGGUCUGCCAUCGAGUACGCCGUCUGCGCUCUCAAGGUUGAGGUCAUCGUCGUGAUUGGCCACAGCCGCUGUGGUGGAAUCAAGGCGCUCCUGUCGCUCAAGGAUGGCGCCGACGACUCAUUCCACUUCGUCGAGGACUGGGUCAGGAUCGGCUUCCCUGCCAAGAAGAAGGUGCAGAAGGAGUGCGCCGAGAUGUCCUUCGAGGACCAAUGCGCCGCCUUGGAAAAGGAGGCCGUCAACGUGUCCCUCCAGAACCUCAACACCUACCCUUUCGUCAAGGACGCCCUGACCGCCGGAACUCUCAAGCUCGUCGGCGGCCACUACGACUUCGUCUCCGGCAAGUUCGACACGUGGGAGCUCUAGAUCUUCCGGUGCAUCGGUUAA